AAUUAUUAAAUUAAUUAACAUUAAUUUUACCCGCGCUAACGAUUUCAUUCCAAUCGAUUGAAUUUAUUCUUAAACUGAUUACGACACUUUUGAUUAAAUUUUCCCGGGCGAGGCGUGGAAAAUGGCGACCAGAUGUGACGUCACCUACUUUUCCCCCGCCUCUCGCUCUGAUUGGCCGCUCCCUCAGCGAGUGGGCGUGGCUUCCGCCGUUUGCUUCCUGUUUGGGCGGGGGCGGCAGCUGAGGGCCGCCAUGAGCCUGCAGUGGACGGCGGUGGCCACGUUCCUGUACGCGGAGGUGUUUUUGGUGCUGCUGCUCUGCGUCCCCUUCGUGUCCCCGGCCAGAUGGCAGAAGAUUUUCCGCUCGCGCCUGGUGGGGCUGGCCGUGUCCUACGGGAACUCCUUCUUCAUCGUGCUCAUCGUCAUCCUCGUGCUGCUGCUGCUCGAUGCCCUGAGGGAGACCCGUAGGUACAACGUGGGGGACAAGGAGGCGCUGGGCACCAGCCCGGCCGCGCUGGAGCACUUCCACAUGAAACUGUUCCGUGCCCAGAGGAACCUCUACCUGGCUGGCUUCGCCCUGCUGCUCUCCUUCCUCCUGAGGCGCCUGGUGACGCUGAUCUCGGCCCAGGCUGCCCUGGGUGCCUCCAGCCAGGCGUUCCGCAAGCAGGCCGAGGGCGCCAGCCAGGCCGCACGGCAGUACCUGGAGGACAACGACGCCCUCAGGAAGCAGCUGCAGGAGUCUGGGGGGGCCCCGUCCCCCACCCGGGACGAGAACGAGACCCUCAAGGCCAAGGUGAAGUCACUGAAGGAGGAGCUGGAGAUCAGCAAGAAGGCCCUGGAGAAGGCCGAGAGCGAGGUGCAGGCCAUGAGGCGCCAGGCCCAGGGCCUGACCCGCGAGUACGACCGGCUGCUGGAGGAGCACGCCAGGCUGCAGGCCGCCCACGACGGACCCCGGGACAAGAAGGAGGAGUGAGGGGCGGGGCCACGCCAGGCCACGCCCACAGCUGCUACAAGCCACGCCCACACUGGUUAUAAACCCCGCCCCUUGGACCAGGCCACGCCCCUAAAACCCCUCCCGGACCAGGCCACGCCCCCAGUUCCAUUUUUGGGGGGGUUCUGGCGUCAUUUUUGGGACCUUCCCCCCUUUUUUUGGGGUCCAAAUCUCAUUUUGGGGGGGUCCAAGCCUCGUUUUGGGGAGGCUGAACCCCUCCUUUGUCCCCCCCUCUUCCCAGGGGGUUUUUUGGGGGGCAAUGGGGACCCCUCCCCUUUUUUCUGCUUCAAUAAAAUCACCUCGGGUUGGGA